UGCCUCAAGAUACCGAGUUUGGGAAAAGAGGUCAAUUCUCUUUUUCUCAGUUUUCAUCAAACUGCCAUACCUAUCUACUUCAGAUUUGUUCAUUCUUCUGAAGUAUUCAUCACCGAGCAGGUAUGGCUCCUGUCGCCCAGAGCGAUAUUGAGAUGUACAACCAUACUUCGGACAUGGCCAGCCAGGCCUCGUCUCUUCGCCGACAAUUCUCCGAGCCACUCUCUGCUCACUCGACAUCAACUCAAACAUCUCAAUCGCCUUCUUCACUGACUCAUAAGUCUAAAUGCUACUUGUGUGGGGAAUAUUUCAAUACUUCUAAGUCACCUAACGAUGAUUAUUUUACUCUCAAAGAGCACAUUGCUGCCGCCCACCCGCAUAGUGCCAAGAGAUACUCUCUUAGUGCCGCAAAGGAACAUACCCCGAAUGGGCAACUUCACACCGAUCGCCAGCUCACUGAAGAUGCUGGAGCAUCUGGAGUUGACGAUGUCGAAGCUGAAGACACAGGUGACGCUGAAGAGACAGAAGUAGUCCGAACAUAUGAUGCCGGCCCUGACGGCGAGCUCGACGAAGCGAUAUCUGGUCUUUCUACUCCCAUUCGACUUGACGGUUUCUCACGUGGACAGACUUCUAUCAUUGAGCAUCGUGUCUAUAAACUUUGGAAUAUCAACGAUGUCUCCAAGUUUUCGGAGGACUUUGAGGACAGAGUCGAAGACAUCGAAAACACCUGGGAUACAGUAUUUCGUAAUCCCAAGCGUGGCACGAAGCGCGAUGCAUCUGACUCACCAGAGCGCUUCAAUCCUUACAAAAAGUCAAAAGUCGCGAAAGGAGAAUUUCUCGAAAUUACACCUCUUGAGAACAUCUUAUCCCAGCUCCGUGAUCCAGAGUAUCGCUCUGUUGACGAGCUUUACGCGAUCACUGAGAAUGUACAUCUCACUUUGAAGACAUGGCAAGAUGAAUAUCUCGCUAUCGAUAAGCUCUAUAGGCUUGCAACUCGACAGCAAAGCAAGCCUAGUGCGGACCCGAGGAAGUUAGAGGACCCCACUGUUUUCGAGAGUCAAAGGGAAGCAAUGCUGUACGGUUAUAAGUAUGACCCCAAAGCUCCGGGCGGCGUCCAGGACCCCUUCGAUCAAGGUGGCUUCAUGCCGACUGCCGCUCAGACCGCCAAAAUCAGAGCCAAGGGCGACCCCAACCCUGAUGGAUGGCCGAUAAUCCACAAAUUUGGCAUUCCGUACGUGCCAAUGUUACCGAAACCACCAGCCCAAUCAACCGUCGCAAAGAACACGCGCCGGCGUAAAGCAGCGGAAUUGGAAGCAGCUAGCCAAGAAAUUGAGACGGAUGACGCUUUCUUCGGGACGCCUGUGCCCGCUGAGGAUCAAGAAGACUCUAUGCCACCAGCGAAGCGACGAACUCGGCAACGCCGUACGGCGCUCGAGGUGGAGCAAACACAAGAUAAUACACCCAUUCCCUCUGCCCCACUUCUCCUGCUCCUACAGCUGCUGCUACCCGGGGCGCCGGUCGCGGACGAGGUCGAGGCCGUGGACGAGGUGCCGCGCGCGCUCCUUCUCGGGCCGUUUCGGAAACUCCACAGCCAGCGGCGAACGCAGCUCCAGCUCGAGGACGCGGCCGGGAGACCAAAGUCGUGGCCUCAGUGCCGCAUCCUGUACCGUUGCAGGCCCGGCCUCCAUCCAACUCCUCAGGGACAUUGUCUCAACUGGCGCCAAUCGAACCGGCGCGUAAUGGGGCCCAAGCGACUGUCUCUCCCUCAGUCACUCCAGCGAGAAGCGCGGAAGGCAAUGAAUCCCUGGACCCAGCUGAGCUGGCUCGACGAGAAAAGAUCGCUAAUGCCAAGAACCCCCGGCGCACGGAGGCCAUGCUCAACCAUUGGGCCCGGUUCAACCGGGAGGGCCGAAUCCGUAAACCCAAGCGAUCCAAGUCCCAGGUUGCGGCGGAUCGCGCGGCAGAGGCCGCUAGGAAGGCCGCAGAGGCCCAGAAACCCGUGAUCAAGAAACCCAAGUCCCGCACCCCAGGCCCUAUGAGCUCGCAAGUCGACGGGCCCAUUGCCCCUGCACCAGCUGUGCAGCCUGUGUCGCUCCCUCUGCCCACUGGUCCACCCGGACUGGCGCCUAUGCCU